AUGGCGGAGGGCACACCUGCAGUCGCCGAGCUUCCUGCUAAUAACACCAUCUACAUUAAUAACCUUAAUGAGAAAAUCAAGCUCGAUGCGCUGAAGAAAUCGCUUCACGCCGUGUUUUCUCAGUUUGGGAAGAUAUUGGAGGUUUUGGCGUUCAAAACCCUAAAACACAAGGGGCAAGCGUGGGUUGUCUUUGAGGAUGUCUCGUCUGCCACCAAUGCGCUUCGUCAAAUGCAGGGAUUUCCAUUCUACGAUAAACAGAUGCGGAUUCAGUAUGCGAAAACAAAAUCUGAUGUCAUUGCAAAGGCUGAUGGUACCUUUGUUCCUAGAGAAAAAAGGAAGAAGCUAGAUGACAAAGGAAGGAAGAAGAAAGAGCAACAUGAUGCUAAUCAAGCAGCUGUUCUUAACCCUGCAUAUGCUGGUGCUUACGGAGGAGCCCCGCCUUUAUCACAAAUACCGUAUAUGGGAGCUAGAGCUGUUCCGGAGGCACCUGCCCCACCAAACAACAUCCUAUUUAUCCAGAACCUUCCUCACCAGACAACUCCUGUAGUGCUGCAAAUGAUUUUCAGUCAAUGUGCUGGGUUUAAGGAAGUCCGAAUGGUGGAAGCUAAGCCUGGGAUUGCUUUUGUGGAGUACGAAAACGAGAUGCAAUCGACAGUUGCUCUGCAGACCUUUCAGGGGGGUAAGAUCGAUGGAAGUCCAAUGUUGAUCACUUAUGCAAAGAAGUAG